CCGGCUGAGGGCGCCAGCGUCAGCUGAUCUUGGGGUUUCGUUGCUUACCCGCGGGUCGGGGUUCUCCGGUCCUGCUGCAGCCAUGUCGUCCUUUCCGGAGCUUUACUUCAACGUGGACAAUGGCUAUUUGGAGGGACUGGUACGCGGCCUGAAGGCCGGCGUGCUCAGCCAGGCGGACUACCUCAACCUGGUGCAGUGCGAGACGCUCGAGGACCUGAAGCUGCAUCUGCAGAGUACCGACUAUGGCAACUUCCUGGCCAACGAAGCGUCACCCCUGACAGUGUCGGUCAUCGAUGACCGACUCAAGGAGAAGAUGGUAGUGGAGUUCCGCCACAUGAGGAACCACGCCUACGAGCCACUCGCCAGCUUCCUGGACUUCAUUACUUACAGCUACAUGAUCGACAACGUGAUCCUGCUCAUCACGGGCACGCUGCACCAGCGCUCUAUCGCUGAGCUCGUGCCCAAGUGCCACCCGCUAGGCAGCUUCGAGCAGAUGGAGGCCGUGAACAUCGCACAGACACCUGCCGAGCUCUACAAUGCCAUUCUGGUGGACACGCCCCUGGCGGCUUUUUUCCAGGACUGCAUCUCGGAGCAGGACCUGGAUGAGAUGAACAUCGAGAUCAUCCGAAACACACUCUACAAGGCCUACUUGGAGUCCUUCUACAAGUUCUGCACCCUGCUGGGCGGGACCACGGCCGACACCAUGUGCCCCAUCCUGGAGUUUGAAGCAGACCGCCGCGCCUUCAUCAUCACCAUCAACUCCUUCGGCACAGAGCUUUCCAAGGAGGACCGUGCCAAGCUCUUUCCACACUGUGGGCGGCUCUACCCUGAGGGCCUGGCCCAGUUGGCUCGGGCUGACGACUAUGAGCAGGUCAAGAACGUGGCCGACUACUACCCGGAGUACAAACUGCUUUUCGAGGGUGCAGGCAGCAACCCUGGAGAUAAGACCCUGGAGGACCGAUUCUUUGAGCAUGAGGUGAAGCUGAAUAAGUUGGCCUUCCUGAACCAGUUCCACUUUGGCGUCUUCUAUGCCUUUGUGAAGCUCAAGGAGCAGGAGUGUCGCAACAUUGUGUGGAUUGCUGAGUGCAUUGCCCAGCGUCACCGCGCCAAGAUCGACAACUACAUCCCCAUCUUCUAGCACCCCAGCCCGAGGCUCCCCACCAGUGUGCUGUAUGUGUCUGUGUGUGCUGUGACAAAGCCCCAGCCCACGUGCCUGCCCUGGGGCUAGCACAUGGUCCCAGCAGCUGCCCAGCUUUCUUGACCCUCUCUGAGACUGCUCUUGGGACUGAAAAGAGGCUGAACACCUGCUCCCCACACCAAGGAUGGACCAAACCCCCUCUCCAGAGAAGGAGGCCCCCUCAGCCCUAUGUUUACAGCCACUGACAUGUUUGAGAAGCAUGUGGUCACUUUUGUGUCCCUCUCUAACCUGAGAACCCCAGGGGGCAGUGCCCUCAGGGCCAUGGCCCCAGGGAAGGAUAGAGUGUGUGCUCUUCUGGGAGAAUAAAGCUGCCCUCUCUGA